CAGAACACCGCGAAGUACAGACUGAACAUGUUCCUUAAAAUUAUAUUUAUUUUGUCUACAGCAGCCUGUGUCGAGGCUGAAGGAAGUCAUACACUUUGUCACAUCUAUGGAUGUUUUGACUCUAGUGAUACUCAAAUCUGUGCAGCAUUUGAUGGUGAUGAAAUAUACUAUGCAGACUUUAAAAAAGAUCUUCUGAUUUGGGAGAGCAAAAUUCCCACAAGUUUUCGUUCACCCGACGCUUACAAAUAUGCAGUAUUAUAUCGAAGCAUGUGCAAAAAUGACAUGUACAGAUGGAAGCCAGACAAGUCUGUAAUAAAGAAAAAAGAGCCACCAGAAUUCAUCAUCUACCCCAGAGAUGAAGUGAUAACAGGGGAAGAUAAUACCCUCAUCUGCUUCAUCAACCACUUUUUUCCUCCUUUGAUCAACAUUAAGUGGACCAAGAAUGAUGUAGAAGUAACAAUGGAGGACCCUUUCAUCAAAACUUUGUCCAAUCCUGAUGGGACUGCUUAUGUUUUGUCCUACCUCAACUUUGUGCCAGAGAAAGGAGACAUCUACAGUUGCACUGUGGAACAUGAAGCAAUGGACGAGCCUCAGACCAAGUUUUGGAAGAUGGUUGAAACAGAGGAGAUCAGCAAUGGUCCAGCUGUCUUCUGUGGAUUUGGCCUGAGUCUUGGAUUUCUUGGAGUUUUCUUAGGAACCUGCUUUUUUGUUAAAGCAGUGCGCUCUGGUCGCACUGCUUGAGAUGUAUACUACAUAUUGUAUAGAGCUGCAUAAUCCUUAGUUUGUUUCCAGCAGGCAUAUCUUUCAUCUGUGGUUACUGACAAACAUGAACUGUCUCGUAUUUGCAUCACCUGUGUAAUGGCAUUAACGGCUCAUAUGCUGUUAAAAAUAAAACCAUCGUUCUUUGGCUGAUAUGUCAGUGUUUCUAUAAUAAACCUUUCGCUUUCAUACUGUGCAAUAAAGCUGAACGGUGAUAUCAGCACUUUUCCCACAGACAUUUUCAGACGUGACGCGCUGCUGCACAUUUUUGGUUCGUAGCAUUAGUGCAGAGCUUGAAGUCUGCAUUACUGGUAUUCUAGCAUUGAAAUAUGCCUUAUUAAUAAUCCAUCACUCUAAAAUCACAUUAGGUGCAUUAUGUCAAGUAGAAUGAAACUUGAAAAAAACUAUGCUGUUUUUCUUUCAACUGAAAUAAAGUAAAAACCAGACAAGAAAAAAAGAAUGUAUCCAUAAACGUAUUAAACACAUUGUUGCUGAGACAUCUACCUGA